CCAUCACUUUUGCUGUUUUUUUUUUGGUAGGAUUUAUUGUCAGUUGUGAUAAAUGUAUGAUUAAUCUGGAAAAGCGGCAGAGUUGUUGACCAAUCAUGGCAGACCUUGAGCACAGUAUUUUACAGAGAUAUGGAGGGUUGCAGAGGAAGAUCUAUCACUCAGUCUCUCCAGGAGAUUUCAGCUCCUCCACAUGCCAUGUCAGACUCCGUUGACUUGCCUCCGUAUCCUCAUGUGGUGCUUAUUCCUACUGCUGGAAUGGGUCACUUGACGCCAAUUCUUCGACUUGCUGUUUCUCUUGUCCAACACAAUUGUCUAGUUACCUUCAUCACCACCCACCCCAUAGUCUCACAAGCCGAGUCUGACCAUUUGUCUCGGUUCUUCUCUGCUUUUCCUCAAGUUUCUCAGAAGCAGUUUCAUCUCCUCUCUAUCGAUGCCAAAACGGUCGAUGCAUCUGAUCCCUUUUGGCUCCAGCGAGAAGCUUUUCGUCACUCUGUUCACCUCCUAUCUUCUCUACUCUCCUCACUGCAUCCGCGCCCCUCUGCCCUCGUCUCCGAUAGGUUCGUAGCCUCUUCCGUCAUUCCAGUAGCUGCAGACCUGGAUCUGCCAAAUUACAUGCUCUACGCUUCAUCAGCAAAAAUGUUCUCUCUCUUUGCAUACUUGCUUUCCAACCCAGAUUUUGCUCAAUCUAGUGAAAUUCAUAUUCCUGGUAUUGGUACAAUACCCAGGUCCUGGAUUCCUCCUCCACUUCUGAACCCAAAUAGUCUCUUUUCACAAAUAUUCAUGGGAGAUGGUAGGGAAGUAGUGAAUGUAAAAGGUGUUUUGAUCAACACAUUUGAAGGACUGGAAUCAGACACCUUACAUGCACUUACUGGUGGAAAAGUAUUAGCUGGGUUGCCACCAUUGUCGACCGUUCAACUCUUGCCGUGUGAAUUUGAGAGAAGAGAAUCAGGAGCCCAAUUGGAGUGGCUAAAUGAGCAGGAAACAGAGUCGGUGGUGUUUGUGAAUUUUGGAAGCAGAACAGCCCUGUCAAGGGAUCAAAUAAGAGAGUUAGGGAAGGGAUUAGUUAAAAGUGGGUAUAAAUUCUUGUGGGUAUUGAAGGACAAGAUAGUUGACAAGGAAGAAGAGGAGAGUUUAGAUGAAGUGCUUGGUCAUGAACUAAUGGAGAAGAUUAAAGAGAGAGGGUUGGUGGUGAAGGAGUGGGCUGACCAAGGAGAGAUACUGAGUCACAGGGCAGUGGGUGGGUUUGUGAGUCACUGUGGUUGGAACUCAGUGGUGGAGUCGGCCUGGACUCGGGUGCGGAUGCUGGCUUGGCCUCAACAUAGUGAUCAGAAGAUUAAUGCAGAUGUGGUUGAAAGAAGCGGGCUAGGUUUGUGGGUGAAGAGGUGGGGAUGGAUUGGAGAAGAGGUGGUGAAGGGAGAUGAGAUUGCGGAGAGAAUCAAAGAAAUGAUGGGAAGCGAGCAGCUUAGACUGCAAGCAAAACGCGUUGGAGAAGAAGCAAGGAAGGCUGUUGGUGCUGGAGGGAGUUGUGAGAAUGCACUGAAACUACUCAUCCGUGAGUGGAAGAACAAUUAGCAGGCCUGCCUGCAGAUUUCCAUGGCUAUGUUUCAAAAACCACUAUGUAUGCAUGUUUGGAUUAGUUACCCAUAUUUUGUGUUGGUUCAAUUGGCCUGUUGUAAGUCGUAGGCUGUUAAUUUCUUUCAGGAAAUAACCAACUAUGACUUAUUUCAUUGAUUUGUGCUUUACUGGAUUAUAAUCAUAAGAACAUUUGUUAGGACUUGGA